AUGAUUGGAGAAGUACUUUCAUUCGGAGAAGUUGCCUUUUUGACCUUCCAAGCGGUCGUGGAGGUGAUCAUCGUCUGUUUGCUGGGAUUCUGGGCUGCGAAGGUUGGCUUGUUGAACAAGACUGCACAGAAGCAGAUCAGUGCGCUCAAUGUCGACUUGUUCACGCCUGCGAUGAUCUUCAGCAAGUUGGCUCCUUCUCUGAGCCUGAAGAAGCUGUUUGAGAUCUUCAUCAUCCCGGUUUUCUACGCGGUUUCCACGGGUAUCUCGUACCUCGUUUCGAGGGCCGUGUCCGCCUACUUGAACUUGGACGAGUACGAGUCGAACUUCGUCACCGCGAUGAGCGUGUUUGGUAACUCGAACUCGCUCCCUGUCUCGCUCACCCUUGCCUUGUCGUAUACGUUGCCCAAUUUGGAAUGGGACAACGUGGAGAAUGAUACGCCAGAACAGGUUGCCUCCCGUGGAAUUCUAUAUCUAUUGAUCUUCCAGCAGAUUGGACAGGUUUUGAGAUGGUCCUGGGGCUAUAACACAUUGUUGAAGAGAAUACCCACGCAGCCUAUUAAUUACACGGAGGAGAAUCAGAUUGGCGACGCCCACGUGACUGACGGGUACAACAACAAGGGCAGCACUGUUACCUUGGGCGACGAAGUUGCUGAUGCUUCAGAAUCUUCAUCGAUAAAGCGUCCAGGCUCUGCUGUCUCUGCAACUACUCCUUUGCUUGCUUCUAGUCCCGCAGGAUCGACAGAUGCUCUCCAAUUCUCCGCUACACCAUCAUCAGAGAUUGCUAGCGGAGAUGCCUAUGCAGGGAACAUCUUCACCAAAAUUUACAACAGAUUUAUGGGCGCAAUGAAUCCACCAUUGUGGGCAAUGCUUGCGUCUGUAAUCGUUGCUGUGAUUCAUCCACUCCAGCAUUUGUUCUUCAAAGACAACGGUUUUGUCCAGAAUACAGUCUCAAAGGCAAUUAGCGAACUGGGUGCGGUCUGUAUCCCGUUGAUCUUGGUUGUCCUUGGUUCCAACUUGUACCCAAGUGACGACAUCUUACCGGCAACUCCACACUAUACCCGUAUCGUUGUUGGUUCCUUGGUGUCAAGAAUGGUGAUCCCUCCUUUGAUCCUUCUUCCGUUGAUUGCUGUCUGCGUCAAGAUAUUCCCGGUCUCUAUCCUCGAUGAUCCUAUUUUCCUCGUUGUCGCUUUCAUCUUGACCAUCUCUCCGCCUGCUAUCCAACUAUCCCAGAUAUGUCAGUUGAAUGAACUCUUUGAGAUGGAGAUGGCUGGAGUGUUGUUCUGGGGUUAUGCAAUCUUGACACUACCUGCAACUAUUGGUAUCGUUGCUGCUGCUCUCUCGGUUCUUCAAUGGGCAAGUCCACCACCAGUGGCCAGUGGUUAA